UUUUUAAAUAGUAUCUAUCUGUCGUACAUGAACAUUUCAGGUUGUCCCCAUAAACCAUGAAACUUAUCUUUCAACUCUGUUUUUUUCCACCAAAAUAUUAUUCUUAUAAGAACCCCUUAUUUCUAAUUUUGAGAGCGCCCUGGGCGCUUAUUACGUCGAAUACGGUACAUUCUAUUUCCGACGUCAUUUGAAUAUUGUUCAGUGGGGCGUUAAGCAGAAGCAACAGCUUAUAAUAGUCCAACUUCCAGCAAAAUCAUAUCUACAAAUGUUUUAAUGUUUAAGAUAUUUAGCCCUUCAUGAAGCAGUAUUAUGGAAUUUGACGGAGUGUAUUCCUACGUUGUGCUGGCUGCCUCCUUUGUGGUAAUGAUGAUCGGCCCCAGUCUCACCUACGCCACUGGCGUAUUCCACGUCGCCAUGUUGGAGGAGUUCCAGGAGGACCUGGUUCUUACUACCUGGGUAGGAUCGACCUUCGGCUGCAUGUUCGCCCUGUCAGGACCUGUAGCCAGCUUCAUAAUCAACGUGUUUGACUGUAGAACGUGUGUGGUGAUGUCUGGAUUCGUGAUGAUGAUUGGUCUUGCGACCAGCUGUCUGGUGACGGACAUUAAAUCGUUAUUCAUAACAUUUGCCCUCGUAGCAGGUUUGGGCACGGGUCUGGCAGGAACUGGAACAGUAGUCAUUCUUGGAUACUACUUUCCGAAACACGCAGUCGUCGCUUCAAGUAUUUGCUUCACCGGAGCAGGAUUCGGAAUAUUUGUUCUCCCAGCACUGGUUCAGUUUCUCCUUGAGAAAUACGGAUUUCAUGGAGCCUAUCUUAUAACAGGAGGAAUAACAUUUCACGCCUGUGCUGCCGGCAUGCUGAUGCGUCCUGCUGGCACUGAGGUGAACAGACAAAGAAAUGCACUUGGCGGUCAAACACUUAGACAAAAGAUUACGCUUCCAAUGUGGGGAAACUUUACGAGGAUUGUCAGUGUCAUUCAAAAUGUAUCAUUUCUACUUUAUACAGUCAGUAUAUUGUGUUUUUCGCUCGGUGUCUCAACACAAUACCAAUUUGUUCCAAAUUUCUUUGUGACACAUGGAUCUUCACAACAGGAAGCAUCGUUUGUGUUAUCAAUGUCCGGCAUUGGUGGUAUUCUCUCUCGUAUUCUCACUGGAUUUGCCGCGAAUGAUGAGAACAUUGGAAGUUGCACUAUGCAUUCUUCUGUCAAUGGCAUCAUGGCUAUAUUCUCACUCCUUAUAACGCUUUUCGAAUCAGGGACACACCUCAACAUGAUAUAUGGCUUUAUUCUCGGACUGUAUACGGGAGGUGUGUGGGUCCUUAUGACCCCUUUGACACUUGACCUACUUGACCUGCAGGACUUUGCAACAGGUGUAGGGGUUGUUCGGUUUGCUUGUGGCACUGGCUUCUUGGUGGGUUCUCCCAUUGCAGGGGCCAUAGUUAAAGGAUGUGGUCAGUAUUACAGUGCAUUUCUGUUUUCAGGUGCAAUGUUCUUCUUGGCUUCUGUAUUCGGGUUUCUGUCAACUUUAAAAACAAAGGCAUCGGUACCAUCAAACGAUGCUCAUCUUAGUAUGGUAUCUAACUGUGAAAAUGCUACUGGUGUGUCAGUUCGAGAAGCUCUCGUUGUGGCUUCGGGAUCAACUUGAAAUGCCCAAGGACAUGAUAUUGAAUUAGUGAAGAUGGAAACGUACGCACAAACUGCAAAACAGUGUUAUGUCCAUGUUGCCAUGAGUAAGUAAAGAGAAAGAGAAAGUAAAGUCUGUAUGUUGUUGAAGACAGACUCUUACUCCUAGUGGCACGAAGCGUCAUGGACAACAUCACAGCAGGCUUACGUGAGACAUGGACAUCCAAGUGUGAGUGAUAAGACUCGCCUCAUGAACAUGAGUGGACAAUACUAGAAGAUUGAUAAUACAUCUACGCCACAAAACCCUCUCAUAUGACCUUUGUCACUCCCCCGGGAAAUAAAAAAAUCUCUCAUCCAAAUAUUUUAGAUAAUUUAGAACUGGUUAUGCGGAAGUAUAAAAUAUUGUGAAACGAUGUUAUAAUUGUAUUGCACUGUUUCCGUUGAGAUUCAGUAGAAGUGCAUAGCAUUGUAUUUUGACCAUGGUUAGUUGUCCGGAAUGUAGAACUAUCUAAUGUAAGCAGUGGUGUGGAAGUUACUAUAUUUAGAUGCUUUUCGGGUCAAAAGAAUCUGGAACUUCAAGAAUGGACUUUUUAGAACCUUCUGGAAGGUAUUUAGACUAUAUAAGUGAGCAAACGCAUGCCUCUAUCACCACACAUUACAUCACGACCAGCGGUUGUGUGAAGAUCACGUUUUGACCCUAGGCCUUUGUUUGGAAGCUUGACAACUGUUGCUGAUUGAUAAGUAAGUAUUAUUAUCACUGACGUUUUGCUAUCACCACUGCUAUUACAUUGAAAUACUGCCAUUGAUAUUUGUACUGCCUCUAUAUUGUGUACUGCAAAUGUAAUUUACAUUUUGCUGGAGUUUGUAUUGAUUUCUUAAGCUAAUUAAUUUUGUAGUCCACUUGUUGAUAUUACACUUCUUUGUUGUUUGUUCGUUCGUUGAUACUGAAUUCUUAACGAAUAUGUUCAUGGUUUAAUUAUUGUCUUGAUUUGGAAGUCGACAAACUGAACUGUGGUCUUUCUUCUGACGAAUAUGACAUCGUAUUUUUUUGGUAAUCACAUUUAUCAUAUAACUAAAGCAUUUAUCCAUGACGUAAUCUUAUGACAUAAAAACAUGUAUGCCAUACCCCAAUGACAUAAGCAUGCAACUUAGAUAAGCAAAUUAGAUAAACGGAAGUGGGACUUUUUUCGCCGGUGCACGUGAGUAGGUGUUUGCAAGCAACGUGGAUACCUUUGAUGUUGGAGACAAUGUUUUCAUAGAUCAAAGGGGAAGUGCUACAGUGAUAUCCGUGUUGAUAAAUGGUUAUUACAGGUCACAGGUUGACAGUACCGAAUUUGAAUUUUCGAUGAUGACGGCAGAUUAUCAAAAAUUCCCUGUGACCAACGUUUCAUCAUCGAAACAACACCGCCGACCACGGUGAAGCAGAUGCCCAAGGUAGAUUUGUGGCUGUUGAGGACGGCAUGAACGAUGAUGUGAUCCUAGACAAUCGAAAAAAACCCACAGCCAAUAAAACUUUGUACGAUUUGAAACUGUUUGAUAACUUUUUAAAAGUCCGAAAUGAAAUUCGCCAAAUGCAUGAAAUCCCCCCAAAUGAACAAGACACAUUUCUAUGCAAGUUUUUCAUUAGUGUUCGAAAGUCAAAUGGGGAAAAUUAUGAACCAAACAGUCUCACGGGUUUUCAGAGCAGCACUAAAACGAAGGGAGUAUAUAUGGCCAUAAACUCACGUCAUCUUUAGACUUUUUCACGAUCACGGGAAGAAUUAAAGGAGAGAAAAAAUUAACUAAAGAAAGAAGGGCGUGGCAACCAAGGAGAGCCGACCCGAUUGGUGAUGAAGAGAUCGAGUCCUUGUGGCAGUCCGGAUCCAUUGGAAUUAGUAACCCAAUGAGCAUAAUAAACUGUCUAUGGCUCCACAACACAAUUCAUUUCGGGCUAAGAGGUGUCAAUGAUCACUACAACAUGUGUUGGGGGGACCUCACUUCGCAUGUUGAUGGAGACGAUCAAGAAUAUCUUGAACUGUCCAUGAGACAAGAAAAGAAUAGGUUCGGUGAGAAACCUCGUGAUUUUCGCGAAGUAAGGCCCAAAAUGUGGUCUAAUGUUGCUGAUCCCUCUAGGUUCCCUGUGUAGGUGUAUAAGUUGUAUGCCUCCACGCGUUCACUGGACUUGUGUCGCGAUGACGAUCCCUUUUACAUCGGCACACACACUUUAGGCAUGCCAAAACCUGAAACACGAAACACUCCUUCCCACACUGUGACAUUCCAGCUUGUUGGUGAAACCCUCGUAAUGCAAUGCGGACCCUCGCGUUAUGUCCAAAUCGCCAGUAGAGAACACAGUCAGCGGUCUCAAAUUAUAAAUGUUUCUGGUGGUGUCAACGCUAUGUUUUCUGGCAACAUUACAUAACGAUUAAUCUGGUUAAACCCCCAUCCCGGUUCCAGCAAAAGACGCCGGAUUGUCAUUGAAAGUGGUAGUGACACCGACUAAAGCAUACUCUCACCUCUCCUCCGCGGGACAUUCUUCAACUGAGAGAGCAGUUAGAUUCGAAAGCUAUAUAUAAGUAAAAUUACAAUAUUUAAUCACAUUACACAGAAUCGUUGUUGUUGCCGUUAUUAAAGUUUCAAUUAUUCUGCAAACGUCUGUUCAAGUAUUUUGUUUAAAAUAAUCCGAGAAACAUUUUUGCUCAGCGAAGGAAUAUGCCAUGAAGGAGUUAAGACGUUGUUUAUUUUGGUUCACAGUAACUUCACACGACAAUGGAACAUAUGUAUCACUACAAACGUUCAUUACGUAAGAUUUCAACAAGUUGCUGUUAAGUUAAUGCAUUUAUUCCUUAAACGGGAAACAAAAAUGUGAAAAUAAUAAUAGAAUUAUCAUGAGUGUUAUUAAACCAUUUCUGUGCAACUACACUUUCUAAGCAAUACAUUCAUUAUGAACCUGUUAUACUAGUAUUCUGGAUCUCAUGAAAGUAUCAAUAAACGCAUAUACAUUGAAUAAACAUAAUUAUUACCCGUAUGGGCGAAAAU